CCGCUCCCGCAGCCACGGACACACCGCAACGCCGAUCGCGCCGGGGAAAUCGGCUCCCCUCCCGUUCCCCCGCGGCCGGGAGCCGAGGUCCUCCCUCCCCUCCCUGUCCUCCGGCAGGCUGAGGGGACAGGGGAGCCCGAUCCGUCCCGCGGCGGAGGGGCUGAGGGGGCAGCCGAGCCCCCUCGGCCCCGCUCCCCUCCCCGUGCUUUUCCACCGCAGGGAGAGAGCUUCCCUGUCCUAACCCCUGCCCUCAGCCCUGCCCUUUGCUCCGCCGAGCGCAGGGUGGUGGGGCUGGACCUUCCGCCAGCCGUAGGGCCUGUGAAGCUCCGGGCAUGGCUGUCGGUGGGCUCGGCAGCUCCCUGCUGCUGAUGUCCGGCGUGGUGGUGACCGUGGGGCUGUGCCGGAGGCUGGCCCGGCGCCGGCUGCGCUCCAGCCCGCUCCUCUUCGCUUUCCUUGUGGAGAUGUUCAGCACCUUCCAGAUCUGCGCCUGCACGAACGAGCUCACCCUGCUCGGCAACGUGGAGCCGAAGCCGCACACCGCCCUCACCCUCACCUACGGCUUCACCGUCCUGCACGGCCUGACCCUCGCCGGCAGCGCAUGCAAUCCCUGCGGGACUCUGCAGCCCAUGUGGGGCGGCGGGACAUCGCUCAGGAUGGGGGGACUCAAGAUCGCCGCUCAGUUCGUGGCUGCAGUGCUCGCCAGAGUGUUCAUGCACUUUAUCUGGAGUCUGGAGAUGGCAGAGCCACAUCUUGGAGCACUCUCACAGGGCUGCAGCAGCCCCAUGCAGACUACAGAGAUGCAGGCGUUCUGCGUAGAACUGCUCUUUUCUGUCGUUUUCCAGCUGGCCGUCCUGCGAGCCGAAAGUGUUAAUCCCAAAUACAGAGUCCAUUUGAUUGCUCUUCUCAUCACCAUGCUUGCGUAUGCAGGUGGAAAUCUCACAGGAGCAAUAUUUAAUCCAGCACUGGCUUUUUCAUUACAUGCAGAUUGUUUCUAUGACAAAUUUUUGAGUUACUCACUAGUAUAUUGGAUAGCACCAUGCUUAGGUACAAUACUUGUGGCUUUUAUAUGGGAUGAAAUCUUUCCUCAGGUAUCUUGAGACAUCAAAUCCUGAAGUUUGGGAGCACUACAUUGAAAAACAUUUUCAACAUCUGCAGACAUAAAGCUUUCAGAGAACUGUUGACAGA